UACUUUUACCCCAUGCUUUUACCGGCGGCGUCAAUCAAAUCAAUACAAUAGUUAUUGGUAGUUUAGUGGCUAGUGGCUACUGGCUAGUGUCUUUUUGUUUCGUUGUUAAUUUUUUGUUUAAUUCAAAUUAGUUGUCAGUAGUUUUUAACUAAAUUGCUUGCAAAAUAUACUGGUAGGCAACGAAACGUACUUAUUCUCUCUUGCCUAAAACGAAUUUACUUCGUCAAAGUUUAAAAACCACUGUUCACCAUGCCCAUGAAUCUAGAAAUCAAACAAAAACAGCUAGGAUCUUUCUUGAAAUUAAGAUGUAUGGUAUCCAUCCUCGAAGAAGAAAAUGAAGUGCAGAGCGAAGAACUAACUGUUAAUGAAUUAGCUACGGUGCGUUUAAAUUUUUACACCAAGGAUAGUAAUUCUGCACUUGUAACUUACAUUACUACACAGAAGCAUGAAAAAGCUAAAGAUGAUAAAGUUAAAGUGAAAGUCUCUUGUCAUGAAUUUGAUAAUCCAUUUUAUUCGGAGUGGAUCUGUGGAGAGAAAAAGGAACGCAGAGAAAUUGGCCAAAAAUAUCGAUGUGAUAUUUCAUUAAACCAUGUGCGCACAUGUCUUUUGAAUAUAACUAUUUCUGCUCACAAGGUUCAAGACUGUUUGCUUGUGAAGCUUUAUAAUGAUGUUGAGUUCACAGACUUUAAUUUGGGAUCAAAUAAUGGUAGCGUUGCUGUACAUAGAGCACACCUGGCAGCCCAUAGCGAUGUGUUCAAGGCAAUGCUCAGCCGAGAAUGGAAGGAGACCACUGAGGGGAAGGUUCAGAUCAAAGGAGUUACACUGCAGACUCUUCAGCACUUGAAACAGUAUAUGUACUUGGGCACUCUGCCGGAAAAAGGGCUUCAGCCGUUAUUAUUGAUCGCUUCAUACUAUUUGAUUGAAGAUCUAAAGGCAGAAUGCAUAUCAACACUUGCUCAGACUGCUGAACAUGGAGACUGGUACAGUCUCUUUGAAUUUGCAACAGAGAAUAAUAUACCUGAACUAUUAUGUGCAAUCACAUUAGUAAACCCCGACAGUGUUCUUGAAGGUAACACACAAAUGAUUAAGAAGCUAUCUGAACUAAAACUUAAUAAUUAAUGCACAGUACAAAUCAAACUACUCAUUCCUUUAUAAUGUAUAGUAUAA